AUGGGUUUCGAGGCAGUCGUUUCCACCAUGAUCAUGACGGCGUCGUUUCUUCUCGGCGUCACGGAAGCUUUCCAGUUCCCCGUCGGCGGCAAACAAGGCUGGGUCGUCGAGCCCAAGGAGAGAUACGGCCAUUGGGCCGAGCGCCUCCGUUUCCAAGUCAACGACACGCUCUAUUUCAAGUACGAGAAGGGAAGGGACUCGGUGCUGGUGGUGAAAAAGGGCGAGUACGACAACUGCAACGCCUCCGCGCCGGUCCAGGCGUUCACCGAGGGCAACUCGCUCUUCCGGUUGGACCGGUCCGGUCCGUUCUUCUUCAUCUCGGGAUUCGCUGACCACUGCGCCAAAGGGCAGAAGCUGGUCGUCGUCGUCUUGUCCGAGCACCACAAGAAACCUACCCCCUCGCCGCCAGCUGCUCCAACGCCGUCUCCCAGCUCCGUCGUCACUCCUCCUCCGCCUCCCGCUGCGGCGGCGUUGCCCCCUACAGAUGCUGUAACGCCUCCAGCCGCGGCGCCGACUCCGGUGGCCAAUAUUAACUCGGGGGCAGGGGUGGCGCUCCGAUUCACGGUUGGGGCGUCGCUUGCAGGAUUAUUGGGGUUGGCUGUGAUUUUCUUUUAA